CGGCGGGCUGUUUUUGGCUUUUCCCUCCCAAUUCGAGGAGUUUCAAAAAUCAAAACCCCUUUUGUGCUCUUUCACUCACUCACUCGCUCACUCAGCUGAAUCCAACACAAUCACUCGGUCGUUCUCUUUUUUUGUCUUCCUCGCCCGAGAUGGGUAAGAGGAAAACACCCCAAUCCAAACCCACAAACGACGCCGUUUCGAAGUCAAAGAAGAAGUCCAAGGGUUCCUCAUCCACCCCUAACCCCGACGACUGCUGCUUCGUCGGAAACCGCAUUCCGCCAAACGAGGCCCGGGCCAAAUGGCCUGCGCGCUACAAAGGAUCGGUAACAAAUGGAAAGACUGAAAACGGUGACGUUUUGAAGGCCAAGUGCCAUUUCCGUCAAGCUACGGUAGAUGGGGUUCUUUUCGAGCUUAAUGACCAUGCCUAUGUUAAGGCUGGGGAUGGUGAGCUUAACUACAUUGCCCGGAUUGUUGAAAUGUUUGAAACUGUUAAUGAUGAACAAUAUUUCACAGCCCAGUGGUUUUACAGAGCUCAGGACACGGUCAUCAAGCAACAUUCAGAACUUAUUGAUGAGAAAAGGGUGUUUAUGUCUGAUGUACAAGAUGACAAUCCACUUAAUUCUAUUGUUUCCAAAGUUAAAAUAGUUCAAAUCCCACUUGAUAUGGACUUGAAAGAAAAGAAGAAAAUAAUUGCUCCUUAUGAUCUCUAUUAUGACAUGAAGUACACAGAGAGAUACCAUACCUUUUCUAGUCUUGUAACAGAAACAAGGAUGGAAAGUGAUGGGAAUUCAACAGUCUCUAGUGAAUCCGGAUGUCCCAGUCAGCUUAAUGAUACAGUUAUUGAGAAAGAGGAGACAUGUCCAAAUAAUGUAUUUGAUUCAUCAGAAAGGACUUUAUUAGAUUUGUAUUCUGGCUGCGGUGCUAUGUCCACAGGACUUUGCUUUGGUGCAUCCAUAUCUGGCAUUAAGCUUGUCACGAGGUGGGCUGUGGACAUAAAUGAACAUGCAUGUAAAAGUCUGAAGCUAAAUCAUCCUGAAACUCAGGUGAGAAAUGAGCCAGCAGAGGAUUUUUUAAAUCUGAUAAAAGCUUGGGCUAAGCUUUGUGAGGAUUUAAAAUUUGUGGGAUCCGACAGGAUUGAGUCUAGUUCAAUUAUGGAUGAAGAUGGUGCUAAUGAUGAAGUUGAUGAUGGCCAUGAAGCUUCAGAAAAACCAUCUGAUUCUGAGGAAUUUGAGGUGGAAAGGUUACUUGCUAUUUGCUAUGGUGAUCCUAAUAAUGUUAAGAAACCAGGGAUAUAUUUUAAGGUGCGUUGGAAGGGUUAUGACUCCAGUGAGGAUACAUGGGAGCCAUUAGAUGGCUUAAGUGAUUGCAAGGAAGUUUUAAAAGUUUUUGUGAAGCAAGGACUUAAGAAAAAGUUAUUGCCUCUUCCAGGUGAUGUUGAUUUUAUUUGCGGAGGACCACCAUGUCAAGGAGUAAGCGGUUUUAACCGCUUUAGAAACUAUGAAGAUCCGUUGACAGAUAUAAAGAAUAAACAACUACUUGUAUUUAUGGAUAUUAUCGAAUUUCUUAAGCCGAAGUAUGUACUUAUGGAGAAUGUGGUUGACAUUUUAAAAUUUUCUGGUGGAUUUUUGGGUCGCUAUGCUAUAGGCCGCCUUGUUUCUAUGAAUUACCAAGCAAGAAUGGGCAUUCUAGCUGCGGGCUCUUAUGGUCUUCCACAAUUUCGCAUGCGUGUUUUUUUGUGGGGAACUUUGUUCACUGAAAGAUUGCCUCCAUAUCCAUUACCAACUCAUGAGGCUGUGUCAAGAGGUGCUCCGCCGGUAGAGUUUGAGGAAACUACAGUAGCUUAUGACAAAAACGAAACUUGUAAUCUUGCUGAAGCUCUUCUUCUUGGAGAUGCAAUCUCAGAUCUCCCUCCAGUUGAAAAUGAUGAAAGUCAAGAUGAAAGAAGUUAUGGAACAAGUGCUCGUACUGAGUUUCAAAAAUAUAUUAGAAUGAGUAAAAGUGAAAUAUUGAACAAUGGGAGUACUUCUCAAAGCAAAGUACCCAGAAUGCUAUAUGAUCAUCGUCCCCUGCGAUUAAACAAUGAUGAUUUUGAUCGAGUUUGUCAAAUUCCAAAAAAGAAGGGUGCAAACUUUAGGGACCUACCAGGUGUGUUAGUGAUAGGCAACAAAGUUGAAUGGGAUCCGACGGUUGAAAGAGUGCUGCUUAAUUCUGGAAAACCUUUGGUUCCUGAUUAUGCUAUGCAAUUUGUUCGUGGAACAUCUAGCAAGCCAUUUGGUCGUUUGUGGUGGGAUGAAAUUGUGUCAACAGUUGUGACUAGAGCUGAGCCUCAUAAUCAGGCCAUUAUUCACCCAAAACAAGAUCGAGUGCUUACAAUUCGAGAAAAUGCUAGACUACAAGGAUUUCCUGAUUGCUACAAACUUACUGGCCCUAUUAAGGAAAGGUACAUACAAGUUGGAAAUGCUGUUGCUGUACCUGUAGCUCUUGCUUUGGGAUAUACAUUUGGUUUGGCAUAUCAAGGUUUGUCUAGUGACAAACCUUUGACAACCCUUCCAUUUAAGUAUCCAAAUUGUCUUGCUUCUUUAUCAUCAUCUCAAGUUGAUAAUAAUGAUUAGUAAAUUGAAUUGAGACUGUUAUUUGCUUAACAGUCAUUCUCAUUUUAUUAUAAAAUUUUUUAUUUUUAUUAAAAAUUUAUCUUGAGAUGA